AUGGCGCAGCUCAUCUCACUGCGACUGCUUCUCGCCUUCCUGCUGGCAGCUUGCGGGCGUGGUAGAGCUCCGGUGGGCUUUGUGCAGCAUCUCCCUGCUAUCAAGACCCUUCAGGGGCGCAUGGGAGAGAUGGCAAAGAAAGCCAGGCGCCUUCAGACGGGGCUGGACCAGGAAUGUAUGACCAAGUGCCCUGGCCUGUUGUUCAUGAUGACGGACCUGAUGUCUGGGAUGCAGACCAACCCGCCUGCAGGAGAUAAUGCCAGUGAUGCUACUGCGGGAUUUGAUGCCCUUGCAAGCAUGAUGGGAGCAAUGUUCUCAGCGAUGUGCAAGCACUCGGCAGCCAUGACGUGCAUGGUGACGGAGUGCGCGGCGCCUACAAAUGGCGACUCGGGAGAGAUCGGCGUUGAGUCGCUGGAGCAGUUCAUGCCCUGCUUGUGCGACGCUUGCCCAGGGUUUGUGGAUCUCUUCACAAGCCUUGGGUCGACUGCGGCCCUGCUCGAGAACAACACAAACAUCACGGAGGUGGGCCCUCAAGCCUUGACCGCGCUCUGCCCGAUGGUCUCAGCCACUGAAUGCCUGACGACCAACGCGGCAUGUUCGGCCUUCGUCCAAUCGAAUGGCGAGCUUGGGGCGGAAGCGGGUAACAUUAGCAUGAUAAAGUCGCAGUGCGAAGAAGCUGGUGUCUUGUCGGCAUUGUGA